AUGGACAAACGAAUCAUUGGACUAGACCCAGUGUUCAGAUCAUGUGUGAAGAUGAAAGUAAAGGACAUGUACCAGUUACAGUUGGUCAACCUUCCCGACACCAGCAAACAUGAUGAGAAAAUAGAACUGUACACCUUCAGGGGUCAUGUCGUUAAUAAGGUGGAGAUCAUGGGCCUCGUGGUCAUGUCUGACAAGAAGGAUCGGCUGCAUUCAUUCGCAGUUGAUGAUGCCACUGGGGUUAUUUUGUGUGUGCAGUGGAAACCAAGGAAUCCUGGGACACAACUUGAACAUCAUCAUCUACCUGCUUCUCUCCAAGCCAAACUGGCUGAAGUGGAAACCUGCAGAGCUGCAGCACAAGAAGGGGAACUGUGUCUGGGGGAUUUGGUACAAGUUCGAGGCUGGGUCAGCACGUUCAGAGACCAGCUGCAGAUUACUGUUCUGGACAUGAGAAAAUUUGAUAACCCCUGUGUGGAGAUAGAAGCGGUCUUGCAGUACCCAUCUGUUUACCAGGUCUACAAGACACCAUUCAUCCCACCUGCAGCUGCAAGAAAUCUUUUGGCAGGACCAUCCAUCGGUGCCUUUAAUGAAUUGGCUGUUCAGGAGGCUGUCUCUCGUCACAUACAAGGCUCAGGCUGUUCUCAGGUUACGGUGACUCCAUCAGAUAUUAUUGUGUGGCCAAGUGUGGCAGCAUUGCUUCCUGCCAGUGAGGAGGAUACGGCCACAAGGGACAUCACUCUAGGCGUCAUCAGCUCGGCCUUACAGUCCUUGGAGUCUGGCAGGGGGAAUGUCUACAGGCUGGCAGGCCCCACUGACACCUACGAGAUGAUAAGAGCAGACUGCCCGAUGGCUGCACAACUUCUGUCUCUUCUAAAGAUAGCCUGCCAGAAUGGCAAAAAUGCAGAGAUGGGGUGUCAUGUUCAGCACCUGAUAACUUCGCUGGCUAGAGUGCCCCGGUACUCACGGGUAGACAGCCGGGUGGUGUCUUACUUGCUGUCUUGUCUGGAGACCAGUAGUGAUAUCAUUUGUAUCUCUGCCCAGAGAUACGCUCCCGUGUCUUGA